GACAUCAUGGAGAAUGACACUCCGCAAGCUGAAUUCGCAUUCUUAUCGGCGUGUCAUACCGCCACUGGCCUACAGUUUUCAGGGUUCAAGAGUGUGAUUGGCACGCUGUGGGUGGUCGAUGACGAAAAUAUGUUCAAGGGAUUUGAAGGAUGGUGUCUUGGACUGCUACGAAGGCAGCCAAAGCACUCAACUAUGCUACGCUGUGGUGUGAAGAAGUUGGUGCCGCUCGAGCAGAGGAUUGUUUUCAUUCACAUUGGUGUGUAGUUCUAUGUCCCAUUGCUUUUGUCU